AUGUAUGUGCCUGUAUUGAACGGCAAAGAGAAAGCCCGAGAUCUAAUUGAUAUUGUUCGGGAGCAGACGGAUGCACCGAUAAACUGCUGCGUAGACACUGUAUCGCUGAUACUGAGCAGCUUACUGCGAGAUUUACCCGGGGAGAUUGCUCUUCGGGAAGUUAAAAAUGCACUGGAAUGUGAUGACAUUAUUGAUCUGGAUAACUGCUACGAUGCAAAACUGCUGGAAAAGCUCACUGCUAAAAUAGCUGGUCAGGUUGCCAACAAAUCGCAGGUAAGUCAUUCACUUCAUUAA